UUAUAAUAUUGUAUGUGAUUUUGCUUGUACUUAAAGCCAUAUUUCUGGAAAGGCACAAAGAGCAGAUCCUACACAUGAACCGUGGGAUGGACCGCUCGCUUAUACCGUCCAAACAUGGCAACUCACGAAGCAGAUUCAGAAGCCGGUGCUGGCUUUCGUGGGAAAAUGUGGAUGCUGUGUGCUGCACUGCUGGCUCUGGGCUCUGUCCACUCUGUCAAUGGGGACUCAAAAGCUGUCACAACAACACUGACCACUAAAUGGCCCUCUACACCACUUCUGCUGGAGACCAGUGAGUUCCUUGCUGAAGAGAGUCAAGACAAGUUCUGGGACUUUGUGGAAGCCACUCAAAAUAUUGAAAAUGAUCAUGAUGACACGGAUCAGGCUUACUACGAUCUGAUCCUGAAGAGAGCCAGUGUGCUGCUGAGCCCAGUGCAGCUAAACCUGCUGAAGUUCGCCUUAUCUCUGAGGGCCUACUCAUCCACUGUCCACUCCUUCCAGCAGAUUGCAACUAAUGAGCCUCCUCCACCUGGCUGUAAAGCGUUCUUCAACGUACAUGGACAGACAUCUUGUGAUUCAGAAAGACUUAAAGCCAUGCUGGAUAACGCCUUAGAACGGCCCAAGCCAUACCUGUUCAAAGGUGAUCACAAAUUCCGUUCAGCCAAUCCUGAUGCACCCGUUGUGAUUCUUUAUGCUGAGCUGGGCACCAAAGAAUUCUCUAGAUUCCAUCAGCUGAUGUUGUCCAAAGCCAACAAGGGCCUGAUCACUUACGUUUUACGUCACUUUUUGUCUAACCCCAGCAAGGGUAAAGUGCUCCUGUCUGGAUAUGGAGUGGAACUGGCCAUCAAAAACCAAGAGUACAAAGCCAAAGAUGACACACAAGUUCAAGCUGGAGCUGAUGUGAAUGCCACUGUAAUAGGUGAAAACGAUCCUGUGGAUGAAGUCCAGGGCUUUCUGUUUGGCAAACUCAAGACCAAUUAUCCUGAACUUAAGGAACAGCUGAAGGAACUCCGGAAGCAUUUGAUUGAGAGCACCAAUGAGAUGGCCCCACUUAAAGUCUGGCAGAUGCAAGAUCUCAGCUUUCAGACUGCCGCUCGUAUCCUGGGAGCUCCCUCUGUGGAUGCUCUCAAUGUCAUGAGGGAUUUGAGCCAGAACUUCCCCACCAAAGCCAGGUCCAUAACAAAAACAGUGGUUAAUUCAGAGAUCCGGAAAGAGAUUGAGGAAAAUCAAAAGUAUUUUAAAGGGACGUUAGGUCUCCAGCCAGGGGACUCGGCUCUGUUUAUAAAUGGACUCCAUAUUGACCUAGAUGUGCAGGAUAUUUUCAGUGUUUUUGACAUGUUGAGGAAUGAGGCAAGGGUCAUGGAGGGUCUGCGUAGUCUGCUCAUAGACACACCCUACAUCCACGACAUCCUCAAACUCAACGUCCAGCCCUCAGACUCUGACUACGCAGUGGACAUCCGCAGCCCUGCUGUUAAUUGGAUUAACAACCUGGAGACAGAUGGUAGAUAUGCAUCCUGGCCCUCUAAUGUGCAGGAGCUGCUGCGGCCCACCUUUCCUGGAGUCAUUCGACAGAUCCGGAAAAACUUUCAUAAUCUGGUGAUGAUUCUGGAUCCAACUCUUGAGAACACGGCAGAGCUGAUCAGCGUGGCUGAGAUGUUUUAUAGCAACAACAUCCCACUCAGGAUUGGAGUGGUGUUUGUGGUGAAUGAUUCUGAUGAGGUGGAUGGGAUGCAGGAUGCUGGUGUGGCUCUACUUCGAGCUUUCAACUACAUCGCUGAUGACGUUGACAGCCAGAUGGCCUUUGAUGCCAUCAUAUCUAUGUUGAACAGAGUUCCCAGUGGAGGCAAACUGAAAGUGGAGCAUGUGGUGGGUGUGUUGGAGAAGAGAUACCCAUAUGUAGAGAUCAGCAGCAUCCUAGGGCCUGACUCUGCCUACGACAACAACAGAAAAGAGGGAAAGGCAUAUUAUGAGCAGACUGGUGUUGGCCCAUUGCCCGUGGUAUUGUAUAAUGGAAUGCCUUUGCAACGUGAGCAGUUAGACCCAGAUGAACUUGAGACAGUCGUCAUGCACAAGAUCCUGGAAACCACAAGUUUUUUUCAGCGCACCGUCUACCUGGGUGAACUAAACAGUGACCAUGAUGUGGUGGAUUUUAUCAUGAAUCAGCCCAACGUGGUCCCACGAAUCAAUUCCAGAAUCCUGAGCACCAGCAGGAAUUAUCUGGACCUUUCUGCCACUAACAAUCAUUUUAUUGACGAAUAUGCACGUUUCCUCUUUCUGGACACCAAAGAUAAGAACGCAGCGGUGGCCAACAGCAUGAAUUACAUGACAAAGAAAGAUGAUGGCAUCAUCCGUCCAGUGACUUUCUGGGUAGUGGGCGACUUUGACCAGCCCUCAGGACGACAGCUGCUGUAUGAUGCUAUACGUCACAUGAAAACCAGUAAUAAUGUACGAUUAGGAGUGAUCAAUAAUCCCAGUGAGAACCUGUCUAAUGAGAAGAGCCUAAUUGCUCGAGCCAUAUGGGCAGCCAUGCAGACCCAAACCGCCAACAACGCCAAAAACUUCAUCACCAAAAUGGCUAAAGAAGAGACGGCACAGGCUCUUUACGGAGGGAGAGACAUUGCAGAGUUUGCUGUCGGGGGCAUGGAUGUUCCUCUCUUUAAAAGUGCAUAUGAGUCCCCUAAUGUGAACUUCCUGUUGGCUCACUCUGCCUACUGCCGGGAUGUCCUCAAACUGCAGAAGGGCCAGAGAGCUGUGAUCAGUAAUGGAAGAAUCAUUGGUCCAUUGGAAGAAGGGGAGGUCUUUAACCAGGAUGAUUUCCUGCUUCUGGAAAGCAUUAUCCUGAAGACAUCAGGGGAGCGUAUUAAGGGCAAAAUUCAACAGUUAGGCAUGGUAGAGGACAGAGCUAGUGAUCUGGUGAUGAAAGUGGACGCACUGCUGUCCUCCCAACCCAAAGGUGAGGCAAGGAUCGAGCACACUUUUGCAGAAGACAGAUACAGCGCUGUAAAGAUCAGACCAAAGGAAGAGGACGUGUACUUCGAUGUUGUAGCCGUUGUGGAUCCAGUGACCAGAGAUGCUCAGAAACUGGCACCCCUCCUCCUGGUGUUGAAGCAGCUGGUCAAUGUCAACCUGCGAGUGUUCAUGAACUGCCAGUCCAAGCUCUCUGACCUCCCACUGAAAAGUUUUUAUCGAUAUGUCUUGGAGCCGGAGAUUUCGUUUAUGGCGGAUAGCAGCUUUGCUCCUGGUCCGAUGGCUAAGUUCUUGGAUAUGCCACAGUCGCCGUUGUUUACCCUCAACCUAAACACCCCUGAGAGCUGGAUGAUUGAGUCUGUCCACACACGCUACGAUCUGGAUAACAUCUACCUUGAAGAGGUUGACAGUGUUGUGGCCGCUGAGUAUGAGUUGGAAUAUUUAUUACUGGAGGGUCAUUGUUUUGACGUAACAACAGGUCAGCCACCCCGUGGGCUACAGUUCACCCUGGGCACUGCCUCCGACCCGGUCAUAGUCGACACCAUCGUCAUGGCCAACCUGGGUUAUUUCCAGCUGAAAGCAAACCCAGGAGCUUGGAUUCUCAGACUGCGGAAAGGCAGGUCGGAUGAUAUCUACAAAAUCUACAGUCACGAUGGCACAGACUCUCCAGCUGAGGCUGAGGAUUUAAUCGUCGUCCUCAACACCUUCAAGAGCAAGAUCAUUAAAGUCAAAGUGCAGAAAAAGCCUGAAAUGAUGAAUGAGGAGCUUCUUAGUGAUGGUACCCAUGAGAACGACUCUGGAUUCUGGACAUCUCUAACCAGAGGAUUUACUGGUGCUUCAAAGCCAGAAGAACCCAAACAGGAGAAAGAUGAUGUCAUUAACAUUUUUUCUGUGGCGUCUGGCCACCUGUAUGAGAGGUUCCUCAGGAUAAUGAUGUUGUCUGUGCUCAAACACACCAAGACACCCGUCAAGUUCUGGUUCCUCAAAAACUACCUGUCUCCAAUUUUUAAGGUGUUUAUAAUUUAUGUUGUGGAGAGGUGUUGUUUCCAGUAUGAGUUGGUACAGUAUAAAUGGCCACGCUGGCUUCACCAGCAGACAGAAAAGCAAAGGAUCAUCUGGGGAUAUAAGAUCCUGUUCCUCGAUGUGCUCUUCCCCCUGGCUGUGGACAAGUUCCUCUUUGUAGAUGCAGAUCAGAUAGUUCGCACAGACCUGAAGGAGCUGCGGGACUUCGAUCUGGAGGGAGCACCGUACGGUUACACGCCUUUCUGUGAGAGCCGAAGAGAGAUGGAUGGAUACCGUUUCUGGAAGUCUGGCUACUGGGCCAGUCAUUUGGCAGGACGUAAAUACCAUAUCAGUGCUCUAUAUGUGGUCGAUCUGAAGAAGUUCAGGAAGAUUGCAGCUGGAGACAGACUGAGAGGCCAGUACCAGGGUCUGAGUCAGGACCCCAACAGCCUGUCCAACCUGGAUCAGGAUCUGCCCAACAACAUGAUUCACCAGGUGCCAAUAAAGUCACUUCCUCAGGAAUGGCUUUGGUGUGAGACCUGGUGUGAUGAUGCAUCUAAACAGAAAGCCAAGACUAUAGAUCUGUGCAAUAACCCACAGACAAAAGAGCCUAAGCUACAGGCUGCUGUGCGUAUAGUAGCUGAGUGGAGUGACUAUGACCAGGAGAUAAAGAGAAUCUACAACAACUUCCUGGAGGAGAAAGAGAGAGGCACCACAGACAGCUAUCAGCAAACAGACAGAAAACAACCAGGUACAUAUGGUGACAAGCACUCAGAGCUUUGAACUGAUGCUCUGCAACCGAAGAACAGUUGACUCUGUUCAAAGAGUCAUCUUUUCUUCAAACUUUUUAAACCAAGCCUAUCCUCCAGGAAUGGGUUGACAUUCGUGCUGAACUUGACUUGAACAGAAUUAAUGCAAAAUUCCCUCUUUUGUAUCUGAAUGCUUGUGGACCUGUUGGGGUUCUGGGUAAACGACACGAGCAGAGGACGUCUCCUCUAUCCAGGCACUCCUGAUAUUUCCCCUUCACCCCCUACAACACUAUGGGCCUUGCAUAUGCCAUAAACAAUACCAGUUCCUCUAGAGCAAAAAAAUAAAAAAAAGUGCAGUCUCGACUAGUUCAGGUAGUACCAUAGGGAAUAACUUAAUUGAACGAGAAACUGCAUGCGUGCAAUUUUAAUAUUAAAGCAGAUUUAACUCACUCUCAUGAAAAUGAUUAUUAAAUCAUGAAACAUGAGAUGCAGACUGUUCAUUUAAAAGAAACCCAUGGUGUUGAAAUGCCAUGGCAACAAAGUGAUGUCAUAAUAGUUAGACUUUAAAGCACAGAUCAGUUCCUGUGACACACAUCACAGUGCAGUUAGAGGCUCCAUUUAAAAAUUCUGAUUCAUCUUUUGGUAAGCAAGCCAGCACUAGUCUGUUUUUGUGAUUCUUGAAAGUGAUGUUUCCAUACAGCAAGCCGGUUUUACACAAAAAUGUUAAAAUCACAUCGCUCUUCAAAGUGAUGCAUCAGAAGACCUUUAAACUCAGGAACAAGCUAUUUGGUUGAUUUAGUCACAGCUAAAGAAUUUUUUUCCCCCGUUUCACAGACGAAAAUUUUAAUUUACUGAAAAAUCUCUGUGGGCAUUGAAAAGCUCCAGUAGUGUUGUCACAGUCUAAUGUUGGCUAUUCCACAUUAAAAUGAUUUAUAAUUGCAGUCAGUUAAUGAAACUCAGUCAAUGAUCCUUUCAGCAGGAUUAGAAUGAUGUCUUUAGAAGUUCACGAGGGGGAAAAAACAACUUCCUUCAGAAAAGCUGCUAGCUGGAAAUUACAGGUUGUUGUUUAAUUUAGUUUUUGUUUAUUUUCUUUUAGCAUCACUGGAUUUCAGUAAGUCAUUGAUGUGGUUGCUUUUUCAAGAAUAUUUUAUUUAUUUAUUUUAUUAUUUUGGCCAUAUGUCCAUUUCUGUGGUAAUGCUCUUAUAGGUUUGAAAGUACCGUCUGUCGACCACUAAUUUCAUAUAUUUGAUCAUAAACUAUGGGCUGGGAGACUUUGUCUGUAUGUAAGUAAUAUAAAUACGUGCAGACAUUCCUGGUUAUUAUCUGGAAUAUUACAUGAAAAUCACCAAUAGAUCUGUAGAGUCUGUAUAAUGUCAGGUUUUAAAGUGAAAAGAAAAGCGGGGCUUGCACAGUGCCUUGUGCUUCAUUCUGUUUGAGAGGUACAUUACAGUGUCUUGUGGUUUAUUUACUGAGUACACUUAAUAUGGGGAAAAUGACUGAUUUAGUCAAUACUAUGAUCCUUUGGAAUUGCUGUAAGAUUAAUUGUGGGAUGAUAAUAUUUUGUAAUAAAAGAAUGUACCAAA